AUGAAUCCACAAUGGGUUAGUGUAAGCUAUGGUAUUUUUAUCUGUCUCGAAUGUUCGGGCAAACAUCGUGGACUUGGUGUGCAUUUGAGCUUUGUUCGCUCAGUAACUAUGGAUAAGUGGAAAGAACUUGAAUUGGAAAAAAUGAAAGUAGGCGGUAAUCGAAAAGCAAAAGACUUUUUUUCCCAACAACCAGAUUAUUCUACAUCAAUGACAUUACAACAAAGGUAUAAUUCAAAAGCAGCUGCGCUCUAUCGUGAUAAAAUAUUAACAGAAUCACAAGGAAAAUCAUGGAAUAUCAACAAUUCACCAGCUCAAAAUCACACAUCAUUCACAUCGCCAACGUACAAUGAUAAAUCCAAAUCUCAAGCGUCCAGUUCUGAAUGGACUCAAUUUCAAUCGGCUCCACCUCUAAGAAAUAAUGGUGGCGAUCGUGGCUAUCAAGAUUAUUCGAAUAAUGAAAAUAAUUCAUACAAAAAUUCUUCUUAUCAUAACAGUGAUACUGAUACAUCGAGUCUCGGAGGUGGAAACAGUAAUAAAGAUAGUAAAUAUUGGGGAUUUGGAAAUACAAGCUAUGAGUCAUCCGGUCAGCAAGCAAGUAAUCCAGAUCUUGUUUCGUCAUUAUCAACUGGUGUAUCGGCGUUAAGUGUCACUAGUGGUAAAUGGCUAAAUGUUGCAAAAGAUUCUGUAUUUAAAAUAUCGAAACAAGCAGCUGAAAAAGGCAUGGAAAUAAGUAAAUCUGUUAGCGAUCAAGCAAAAGAUGGAACACUAUUGAAUAAUGUGCAAACAGGGGUUACAUCAAUGGCAUCAACUGUUGGAAAGUUAAGUACAAAAACAUGGAGUGAUAUGCAAUCAUUUUGGGCAGGAAAAGACUAUCAUAAUAUGUCAUCGAAUAGUGAAGGUACGAAUUUGGUACAUCAAAAAAGUCUGUCGACUGAUGAUUACCAGCGACAACACAGUAACAAUAGUGGAAGUUAUCAAAAUAAUUAUCCUAGUAUUUCUCCUAGUGUUUCUCAACAGCAAGUAAUGAAGGAUCGUAGAGAUUUAAGUUUUGAGUCUUGGUUGAACGAUGACAAUACAUCUACAACUAAUACAAAUCAAUUUGAACCGAAACAACAACAAAAACAGGCGACAACAUCUAAAGUACAACAACAACGUUCAACACCAUCACCUCAACCGGCAUCUGUUUCUUCGCCCGCACCAAAAGUAGUCACUCAGACAAAACCACAAAUGAAAAAUUUGAUUAAUUUCGAGGAAGAAGGAAAAUGGGCAAAUGACGAUGAUGGAGAAUGGGAAUCAAUUGACACAAAAUAG